AUGGACUCUCGAUUGAAGAACUACAUCAGCAAUCGUCGAGCGCGGUCAAGAGAUAUCGGAUCUGAAUUGGACUAUUCAAAUGUAUCUCACCAAGCUGUUUCGCCGUCGCGACGACCACCAACCUUUCUGUACCCGGUGUUGGGUAAAAACGGAUUCAGCCCUCACAAGCAGAGCCGCAUCGAUGUUGUGGCUCUACAAUCUUAUUCAUACGAGGACUGCCCAGCUGGCAAAGCACCAACUUUCGGCACCACUCCUCAGAGGGGCAAUGGACCUGUGAAGCUACAAGCCAGCCGUAGGAUGAGCUCAGGUGACCUCAUUGCAACCGCGCACGAUUCGCAGAAGACGAUGCAGGACCUACUAGGUGGUCACUAUGUCGUUGAUUCAGCAAACACAACCAACGGAUUAGGGUUAUUCCCACCUAUCUAUGCUACCGAAGUAAGACAAGACUCAUCCUCAGACUAUCGCGCCCGAUCAACCUACAGUGCGAGGUCCCAUGACAGUCUGAGGUCGACUCAUAGGACCCUGCAAGAAACAAAUGCUACUUUGAAAGCGUUGCGGAAAGCUGAAUUUAGCAAACUCGUAGAGCUCUAUGGCUCAGAUGCUGCCGCUGCUCGAAACAUUGCUCAAAUAGACAGCGCCCGGCUGAGGGGCGCCUCGAGCCCAACAGGUUUGGCGCCACGAAUAUACUCACCAGUGGUUCUGGAGCCGUUACCUUUACCACCAAUUGAAGGAACCGAGGAUGAUUCCAAAAGGAUAAGCCACUCAUCAGCCGAUUGCAGCUAUGACGAAUGGUCUGACGCAUCUUCACCACACCGUGCCUCCUUCGUUUCGUCAUGUGGCGAAUCAUCCACAGGGACAACCCAGACGAGUCUCGAAGAUGAGCCCAUGGCUACAAGAGAAGACAUCCGUAACAUGGUCGAACAGAUGAGAUCAAGCUAUCUCACCGCCAUUGAUAGCCAUACAAAGUCAGCACUGAAGCCGGUCACGAAAUCAAAGCCACGAAAGAAGGUCCGUAAGACGAAGCUGUUGCCAGCGCCAAUGGUUGACCACAAAGAACAAUAUCAAUCUCCACCCGCAACUUUCGGUGGACAUCAAACGUGGCAUUCGUUGAGUGUGCAACAGGAUGCGACUUACAAAAGACGAGUCAAUUCGCACCCCGUGAACAGAACUGGUAGACUGUCGCCGAUUCAAGCAUCUCCCUCCAGAGACGACAAGGUUGACACAGGUCUCAAAAGAGCAGACUCAUCGACGCUAGGAGGACUACUAUCGGACUUAGCCAGAGACAAAAUCGCAUCACGCAGAGGUACCAGAAGCACGAGCAACCGCCACGAUUCGCGCCCUACAACACCUCAGAAUCAGGUACAAGAAAGUAAAGAUAGCUGGACGUAUGAAUGCUCAUCGACGGAACGACGCCUACUACCACUAUCCGCUACCUCCAACAACCACUUACACUUCGAAGUUGAUUUCAAUACUUCGCGACAGGUCGACUUGGAGGAACGUCCAUCGGGAUUGGAUGCAAUUUUUUCAGAUGAGCUAUGGACGUCCGCCCGUCCAGUUCCUUCCUUGCCUGAUUCAAAGACAUAUCCAAUGCAUGCAAGUCUUGCUACUGGCGAAAGGGGGUUGAGCGACGCACAUAUAUACAAUACACCGCCACGAGGGGACACACUACGAGUACGUUCCGUCCCAGAUUCGCCAGAAUAUAGGCGUUUAGCGACCAACGCUAGUCCAGCGAGCAACUUCAUUUGA